AAAGAACGGAACAGCUUUGUUUCGCGCGAAGUUCCCCCCACCAUACAAACAAGCGCGCAUGGACAUGAUUGGCGCGAAAGUCUGUUGUUGACUGACCACCAUAACUGCCAAUCUCUGAAGAAAUCGAUUUCACAAUCGUCGCCAUGGCGGCGCAGUUCACCGAAGAAAAUGUUCAGGAGCUCAAGUUCCGGCUCGAGGACGCCACCAUAAAAUGUUCCGAGCGCUGUUUAUACCAGUCUGCCAAAUGGUACGACGCGCGGGCCUUCACUCCAGUCAUUUGAAUAGAAUUAGAUGUUGAUCGGAUAGAACAGGGCGGCAGAAAUGCUUGACGCCAUUGUCCCGAUUGACCAAUAUGAUACGGACCCCGAAUCCCCAAUGGAUACCCCCGACACACCCUCGACCCGCCCAAAUCCCUACCUCCGAACCCAAGAUCCAGUCGAAGCUUCCCUUGAAGCCCAGGAGUCCUACAAGUACCUCUUGGCAAAAUCCUACUUUGACACGCGCGAGUACGAUCGCUGUGCAGCAGUGUUUCUGCCACCUACGAUACCCCCCGUUGCACUUUCUACGUCGUCGCCGAACCAAAAGAAGAGACACUCGUUAACCCCACAGAAGGGCAAGUCGAAGCCAUCCCAGUAUGCAGGAGGGAAGGAUGGCAACGUGGCUAGGAACCCAUAUCCCAGGCUGAGUCAGAAGUCAUUAUUUCUUGCGCUGUACGCCAAGUACCUAGCGGGGGAGAAGCGGAAAGAUGAGGAGACCGAGAUGGUGCUGGGACCGGCCGACGGGGGUGCGACAGUUAACCGAGAGUUGCCAGAUCUUGCACGAGGGCUAGAAGGAUGGCUGACGGAGCGUCGGGAGAAGGGAUUGGAAGAUCGCAACCAGGGAUGGCUAGAAUACCUCUACGGAGUCAUUCUUCUCAAAGGGCGGAACGAGGAGGAGGCAAAAAAGUGGCUCAUAAGGAGUGUUCAUCUGAACCCAUUCCAUUGGGGUGCCUGGCAGGAGUUGAACGAUCUUCUCUCGAGCACGGAAGAUUUGAAACAAGUCGUCGAUCUGCUCCCGCAGAAUAUUAUGACACUUCUCUUCCACGUAUACUGUAGUCAAGAACUAUAUCAAGCCACUGAAGACACGUACCAGGCUCUCUCGGAGCUUGAGACGAUCUUCCCGAACAGCGCCUUUCUCAUGACCCAGAGAGCCCUCCUCUACUACCAUUCGAAAGACUUCGAAGAGGCAUCACGUAUAUUCACCGAAAUAUUGAUUGCGUCUCCUCACCGUCUUGACAGCCUCGACCAUUACUCCAACAUACUAUACGUGAUGGGCGCGCGUCCCCAGCUCGCCUUCGUCGCCCAAGUUGCAACCGCAACAGACAAGUUCCGACCCGAAACCUGCUGCGUUGUAGGAAACUACUACUCACUCAAGUCCGAACACGAAAAAGCCGUGAUGUACUUCCGUCGCGCCCUAACACUAGACCGCAAUUUCCUCUCAGCCUGGACCUUGAUGGGUCACGAGUACAUCGAGAUGAAGAACACACACGCGGCGAUUGAAUCUUACCGCCGCGCCGUGGAUGUCAACCGCAAAGACUACCGAGCCUGGUACGGUCUCGGCCAGGCAUACGAAGUUCUUGACAUGUCCUUCUAUGCUCUAUUUUACUACCAACGUGCCGCCGCACUGCGACCGUACGACCCGAAAAUGUGGCAAGCCGUCGGGUCCUGCUACGCCAAAAUGGGCCGGGUCCCGCAGAGUAUCAAAGCCCUCAAACGUGCCCUCGUAGCAGGCUCCUACUACGCCGAAGACCCAUCUCAAAUGGGAGGCUCAGGCCGCAAGAUCCUCGACCCAGAAACCCUUCACCAAAUCGCAACACUCUACGAACGUCUUGGCGACGAUGAAGAAGCAGCCGCCUACAUGGAACUUACCCUACAACAAGAAUCAGGCCAAAUGCCCGUGGAAGAGGAUGCCUCUUCCGACAACGAAAACGACGAUGACCAAUCCGAGGCCGGAGCCCAAAAGUCCUCACGCCGAGCCCGUCAAUCCUCAUCGUAUAACCAAAACGACGACGAUGACUCUUGGCACGGUACAGGGCCGACAGUCACCACCUCGAAAGCACGAUUGUGGCUCGCGCGGUGGGCUUUGCGAAACGGGGACCUCGAACGCGCGGAUCAGUUGGCGGGUGAAUUGUGCCAGGAUGGAGUAGAAGUCGAGGAAGCGAAGGCGUUGAUGAGAGAUGUGAGGGCUAGAAGGGAAGGCGAUGAGUAGUCUGCUUUAUUUAGGCUGUUCACUCUGUAUUGUUAUGUUUUGCCUUGAGCAGGCUUUCAUUCUUACGGUAGCGAGGCGUUCGUGCUGGGUGUGCUUACGACCUGAUGUUUUCAUCCUGAAGCUGGUCUGGGUGUUUUUUAUGAUGGUUAUAUAGAGAUGUACUAUGGGUUAUUUGUUGAGAAUAUGAGUACAGCUUAUAAAAGCAACCAAUUGAUAUCCUUGUCAUUCCUCUGUACGAAUGUCACAAAUUAGGCAUUACAUAA